ACCGAGAGCGGAGCGCUCGUCGCGCUGCGAUGCGGGAGUCGAGCGCAGUUAAAAUUGGCAUGGCUGACCACUUGGUAGAUGUGUAGAGAGUGCUGUCGUCGGUGUCGGUUUCGGUAUCGGUCCGCGUUUUACCUGCAAUUUACGCCCGCGAUCGCGCCUGCCGUCCGUCCGAAACAAGUGCGCGUCGCGGCGCAAACCACCACACGCGCGUAAAUCAUCGCCAGCCAUCUCAUCCGCCGCGUGUUAAGCUUAAGCUGCGCAAUCGAUGUGAGGAAACGACGAGCAAGAGGUCGAGACAGAGAAUUCUUGCCGUCGUCCGCGGGUGCGAGUGCGAGGACGCGGAUGUGGGAUUCGGGACUCAUACGUUCAAGGAAUAUUCGUCGCCAUACGGGCACCGGAUGCUCCCGAGACAAAUGAUCAGUGGCAAUCGAAUAUUCGUCGUUUAUUUCCACACAUCAUCAAAACCCGAUCAAAAUGUGAUUGUCACAUGAUGUGAUCAACGCCACUCUUCAAUCACUUUUAUCAUCAACACCCGCAAACUAUGUGAAGAGUGUAAUUUUAGUGUAAACACAAAAGAUUUAAAUAAAUUCACGCAGAAUUUUUGAGGUGAAAAGACAUCAAAAUGUCUUUUUGAAUAAUAUAAAGAAAGUCCUCCAUUUGGGAGGCAACGAUGCCAAGAAGAAGAAAGUCUACUCCAAUGUACGGCAGGAUCUGGAUCCUGAAGAGUUUUGGGACAUGAUUGGCGUGUUGGGUGAUGGAGCAUAUGGCCAAGUGUACAAGGCGCAGCAUAAACAGACCGGUCAACUGGCGGCCGCGAAAAUGUGCCGUUUGGAUGGUGAAGAUGACAUGGCCGAUUUCAUGAUCGAGAUUGAUAUCCUCUCGGAGUGCAAGCAUCACAAUAUCGUCGAGAUGCACGAAGCCUUCCAGCUGGGUAAUCAACUUUGGAUGUUGAUUGAGUAUUGUGAUGGUGGUGCGCUGGAUAGUAUCAUGACCGAGCUGGAGAAGCCGCUCAACGAGGCGCAGAUUCAGUAUGUGUGCCAGCAGAUGACCACCGGGUUGUUGUUUCUGCACAAGGCGCAUAUUAUCCAUCGGGACCUCAAGGCGGGCAACGUGCUGCUGACGAUGGCGGGCGGCGUUAAACUCGCUGAUUUUGGUGUUUCUGCGAAGAAUAAAAGUACUAUGCAGAAGCAUGACACGUUUAUUGGGACACCGUACUGGAUGGCGCCUGAAGUUGUGCUGUGUGAAACCUUCCGCGAUAAUCCCUACGACUUUAAGGUGGAUAUCUGGUCGAUGGGUAUUACGCUAAUUGAAUUCGCACAGAUGGAGCCGCCGAAUCAUGAAAUGUCACCGCUGCGCGUCCUGCUGAAGAUCCAGAAGUCCGACCCGCCGAAACUGGAACAACCGUCGAAGUACUCCAAGGAUUUCAAUGAUUUCCUCGCCCGCUCACUGAUAAAGGAUCCAUCAAAGCGACCAACGUGUGAAGAACUGCUUAAACAUCCGUUUAUCAAUUGCACCCUUGACGCCAAACCUAUUAGGGAUCUACUGCUAGAGUACAAGGCUGAGGUCGUUGAAGAAGAGAUCACAGACGAUGAUGGAGAGGACAACCGAAUCUCUCACAUCGAAGAUGACGCGCAUUCCGUGCGAAGUAAUGAAAUUAAUGAUUUGAAAGCCAAUGAUGAUGUUGCCAAGCAAAUACUUGACGUGGUUAAGGAAGAGGAAAAGAAGCAAGCGGAACAGGCUGAGAAGCGUAAACAACCCGCUGUUGUACCCACACCGGCGACUAACAACAAUGUCGAAGUGGAAGAACCGAAAAAACCUACCACGCCUGAAGUAAUUGUUCCCGCUGUUGUGCCUGUCAAAAAGGAAGAAGUUCAUCGAAAGACCUCCAGGGACAAAGGUCCCGCACCUCCACCUCCGGUUCAUCAAAUACCUUUACCGCAAGAAAAGGAUAAAGAAACCGAGAAGGAGAGAACGAAGGAAAAAGCACCGCCGCCGCCUGUAGUGUUACCAGUAGCGGAAGUUCUGCCAACGCCGCCCUCUUCACCUAAAUUUGAUACACCACCAGCUACACCGCCCGCCGUGCCAGCACCUGUCCUCCCUGAACCACCACCACCUCCACCUAUGGAAGUUGAAGUCGUGGAGGUUGUGAAACAGCCUGGACCACCUACAGCCACCAAACCGAAGUCUUCCAAGAGCCCCACGGCCAGUCCCACAUCUCCUGUAUCCAAGGAGAUGCCAGAAGUAAAGAAGGAAAAGGUAAUCACUGCUAGCAGUGACAUCAUGGAGGCCGCAUUUAGUAAGAUACUCAACGAACAAAAGGACGUCGUUGAUGAGGUAGUCAUUGAAAACAAAGACAUUGGUGAUAUUGUCCUCGUAUCUGAUAACAAAAUGACCUCGACGAUUAUCAUCAACGACAUGCCCGACUUGUCUAAUAGUUUAUCGUCGAAUAUUAGUCAGGUGACAGUGGUAACUACGCACCCGCCAGUCUUGGUCGACAAUCGACCUGGGUCGAGACAAGCGUCACCUCAGAAUAACGCGCCCGCCAAUGAAGUGGUGAUUGUGUCGAACCAGACGAACAAAACGCAUCUUGAGUCGUCAGACGACGACUGCUAUCCGUCCUUGGACUCGUUGGAAUACCCACCACCUUCUGAAUUCCGGGAUAAGCCACUGAAGAAGCUAGACGAAAGCGAGGUACUGAUUGUUGAUUCAAAUUAUGUAAUCAACGACUCGGGAUUGGAUGUCUCCGCGGAUAACUCGCGAUUAUUAGACACAAGUCACGUGUCUGUUGUGAAAAUCGACGAGGAGAAGGUUCAGGUGAAAGAUUCCGCCUCGUUUAGGUAUGAUAAUCACAGCCAUAUUCAAACGUCAACCAGCGACCUGUCUUCAUCUUCCAAGGGUGGCAGUACAAGGAGCGAUUAUGGGGAUGAGAAGAAACUGAACGGGCAGGUGGUGAACAAUGGUAAAUUUGACUUUGAUCCGCAUGAUUCACGAUCGAGUGAUGCUGGAUCGGUUAGGAGUAGUGAUUCUAACCGCCGGCCACGUUCGGGUGCGAGUAACAGCAAGUCCGAUGCGGAGAGUAUCUCACUUGCAAGCCAUGAUAGCAACAAUAGCUCAAAGGAGAACAAAGACGCCAACCGGCAAGAUGUUGUACAAGUGCAACUGCGGCCGAAAGCACCUCAUAUUAAGACCAAGGAGGAAAUUGCGCUGAAUAUCCUCAAUCGUAAGACACGAAAACGCACCAGAAAGUUUAUCAUUGACGGUGUUACGAUUACAACUACCACUAGUAAAGUAAUCUACGGUGACGAUGAUAAUACGAUUCUGGAUCCGCUUGCAGAUCGAAAACAAGAACUGCGCGAGUUGAAGUUGUUGCAGAAGCAGGAACAGAAACAGUUCCAAGAGUUGGCAAUGAAGGAAAAGGUUGCGAUUGAUUCGCAGGAGAAACGCUUCGAAACUGAGCGGUUAGGCUUGGAGAGGACGUACGAAAGUGAUCUGGACAUGCUGAGUAGGCAACAGAAGCUACUCAUUGAACGGGCGGAGGCUCAGCAGGAUAAUGACCUGCGUGCUGCUUCGAAGAAAAUCCGACUUGAGCAAGAACGCGAGUUGAAAAGUUUUCGAGAGGAGCUGAAACAGGAGAGUAGACUUUUGAAGGCGGAGAUUGAACGACUACCCAAGGAUCAGAGGAAGAGCGAAUAUAAAUCGCGUAAGGAUAGAUUAGAUGCGGUACAUGCUGAGAAGGAACGCGCGUUCUUGGAGAAACUGAACGAGAAUCAUGAAAGUUCAUUGCGGCGUUUGUCGGAUUCACAUCGGGAGAAAAUUGCGCUGAUGGAAAGACAGUUCCUUCAGCAGAAACAACAGUUGACCAGAACGCGUGAGGCUACCCUAUGGGAGAUAGAAGAGAAGCAGAUCCACGAGAAGCAUCAAUUGGUUAAGCGGCAGUUGAAGGAUAUUUUCAUUCUGCAAAGGCAUCAAAUGCUUGAUAGACACGAUAAGGAAAUGGAGCAAGUUAAACGACGCGCUACAAAGAAAGAAGAGGAACUUAUAAAGAAGCAGAAUACCGAAAAGAGGUCAUUGCCGAAACGCAUCCGAUCGGAGAUGAAGGUGCGAGAGAUGAUGUUCAGGGAGUCGAUGAGGAUUUCAAUAUCGGGUGCCUCCGAUCCUGAAGUGGAGAAAAACAAAAUCAAAGAGUUUCAAGAGAAUGAAAAGAAACGUUACCAGGCCGAGAGCAGUCGUGCGGAACUGAAACACAAACGACAAUUGGAGGAGCUGAGGGCGAUGAGCGACACAACAAUCAGGGAACUAGAGCAGCUUCAGAACGAAAAGCGCAAGUUACUCAUGGAGCACGAGACGCGUAAGCUGAAGGAACGCGAGGAACACUUCAAUCGCGAGCUGAAGGAAUGGAAAGCGCAGUUGAAGCCUCGCAAACAGAUCCUACUUCAGUUCAUUACUAAUUGGAACUCAAUGAUCCAGAAACUGGAGGAGACGUUCAACGCUCAGCUGGACGAGCAGGAAAAGCUUUACGGACCGAUUAGCGCGUUGGCGCUGCCAUCCGACUUGAAUUCGUCGGAUUUCUCGCCGGAGGGUUCGCGCCACGGGCAUGGUUCAACGCGGAGCAGUCUCUCUUCAGUAUCCGAGGGAUGAAAUCAAUUUGUGUGCAAGUUAAAUAACAAUUCGCAUUUUGAGAGAGACUUAACGAAUGAACUUUUAAACUAAGUGAAGAAGAAAAUAUGAAGGAAAGCAAACUAGUGGCUUAUAUUUACACUUUACACUGUUUUUUAUUAGCAAUGUUGUCAUUAUCAAUUAAAAUUGUUGCCUACACAUUUUUGUACAACGCAAAUGAACAAUUUGUUCAGACAGAGUGAGAAAAGUAAGCACUCGAGACAUAUCAAGUAAUCUAUUGAAAAUGAUUUGUAUUUGCCUAGAAAUAGCAAGACGCACGAGUGGGGAUGCAACACAACAAAACUAGACUGAAACAAUUCGUAAACGAUAGUGAUACGCUUUUUAUAUUGUAUAUAAAUAGUUACUGUCGGCCUGUAUUCCUUGUUUACGAUCGACACUAGUGCGGCUUGCGCUCACCGCGAUUUGACGAAUGAAAAUAUUCUUGUACAAAUUGUAAUAUUAAUUACUUUAGUCAGCGGAUCGAGAAGUGCUUGUAAAGAUCGUUAUUAUGUAAAACAGAGGAAGAACGAACGUAGAGACACUUCUGGAGAAGACUUCAAGUAUGAUCAUUUAUAAGGUUCUUGAUUGAUAAGUGUUGAGGCGCCGAACAAACAGUUGUUGUAAUGAGACAGUGCUACACAAGUCGAACGAUGUCGAAUAAUGUAUAAAUUAUUAUAAUUUCAUAGAAAUAUUUAUCUCCGCAUUCAUGAAAGGCGGAGUACAGUUUGAGCGAACUGAGACAGGAGUGAAACGAAGUGUACAAGAAGCAAUGAUGAAUCUAUUUAAUUACUAAAUACGAACGCCUGCGAAAUUGAAUGAUAUAUUGUAUAAUCCAGUGGAGGGUGGGAGUGUGAAGAACAUGAGAUUAAUUAUGAUUUGAUGAUAUAAGUUGACCCGAAAAACGUGAAUUAUAUAUUAUAGAAGACGAGGAGCAGGAUGAUGGAGGAAGUUUGUAAAUAAAAUAUGCCUUAAUUUCUUGGACUAAA